UCAAAAUAACAAAACAAACAAACAAAAAAAGAAAAUGAACAGUGUAAUUAUUUACAGUGGUUCUUUAGUUAUUUCUACUGCCUGGACCCCCCCCCCAUCAUUCCAUUUAUGCAUUCAUUUACCCACUCCUUUGUCAGAGGUACUGAGUUCUAAUAAUCCUACAUUAAGGGCCGAGGAAGCAAGAAUGUGUGGAACCCAGCUUUGUCCUUGGAGAGCGCACAGGCACAUGGGGGAGACGGUUCUAGAAGGAGGACUCAGAUACCCAUGGAGAGUGAGGCUACAGAACUGUGGGCGCUCAGAAGAGGGGCACCUGACCUGGCCUGUUGGGGUUUGGUCUGGAUCUAUACAGAGCAGAUGAGCUUGAGCUGAAUCCUGAGCAAAACAGAAUGGGUGCUCCCCACACAGAUGGGAGGGGGGCAAGAUGGCAGGAAAGGGAAGGGAGGUUAGUAACAGGUAAGUACAAGGAGCAGAGGAAGGGUGUGGUGUGGAAUCAGCAGGAAAUGAGGUCAGCAAAGUAGGAAGGCUCUUUGGACAGUGGAAAGCUGGAGGGUGACUCUCGGAUGGAAGUUUGUUGGGCUACAUGGAAGACUGGGGACAGGCGACUCUAGGGUCAGAGGCUUCUGCAUUUGAGUGUAUUACAGGUGACUUGUUCCCUCUGUGCUCUGGGAGAAGAAACCCAGGCUCCUGCUCUCCUCCCUCCCUCCCAGGCUGAGCUGACCCUGCACUGUUAAGGUUCACUUCCUAGAAGGUAUUUGUAAGUAAGUGCAGCAGGCGCUCAGGACAGAGUGCAACCCUGGCCCUGCCUCCAGAGGGAGGGGGGAAGCCUGGGGCUAAUGAGCACACACCCUCCCAGAAAGGAGCAGGGAGUCCACCUGGAAAGUGGCCUCACGGAUGCAGAUGUGACAAGGCAUUGUGACCUCCGAGCCUGGCUUAGAGGGUCCCUCUGACAUCCUUACUGGUUGGUCCAGGGCCUCUUGCAGCUCUGACUCACUCUGAGACCACUAGAAUGCACAGAACACAGCUUUCUUGCUCACUGGUGUUAAACGAGCAGAGAUUUUGCCAGGCUGUUUUCCUCUUCCUGGUGUUAGGGAGUUGGUGGCAUAAAUUUGUCUUCCCAGUGUCACAAACACAGCUCCAGCUAAGGCGUCUCUGAGCUAAGUCUGGCUCAGGCCAGUCUAAGCAGCCUGCAGUAAACAUUGCUGCCAGCAGGUGGCAGCAGGCUUCUGUGUGAGGUAUCUGCUCCCCUUUGCUGAGCACAGCCAGGCCACACCUCUUGGUGUGUGGAGGGAACUUUGGGAGCUGGGGAGGGUAGAAAUGAAUCAGACAUGAGCCUUGCCCAUGGGCAAAUCAGGGGACAGAAUGAGACAGAUGCCCAGACCAUGAAGCAGGAUAAAAUGAACUCUGAGGUGGGGGGGCAGAGUAGUGCAGGGGGAAAACGUGAGCAGCAGAAUUCACACAGACCCAGAUUCUGACCCAAAUGCUGCCCUUUUCCAGCUGGUUGACCCUGGCACACUGCAGGAUUUAAAAUGUAUAACAAUCAUCAUAGCUAAUGUAGAUAUGCAGCUUUCUUUGGUCAAGCACUGUUCUAGGAGAUAGAUAGACAGAUAGAUGGAUUUAUUCACGUAAACCUCAGCCUUUGAAGUAGAUACAGUUACAGUCCCAUUUUACAAGAUCAGGAAAGGAAGGCACAGAGAAGCUGAAGUUCUCUCCAGGGUCACACAGCUAGUGCUGGAUUCCAAACUGGGCAGGGCAGUUCCUCACCUGGUGAUGGUGCAUCUCUGGAGCUAGUGUAGUAGCUGACACCCAAAUAAGGCCUUUUAUGCCGUGCAGCUUCUAUGCUUUUAGUAGUUGCUGACAAAUGAGAAUCGCAUGUGCUGUUCCAGUAGGUGCUGCACAUUUACUGUCACUAAUUCCCCAUCUUCCUGCCAGAUUUGGGCACGCGAGUGUGGCACAUCUCCUCCUGGACCACGGGGCUGACGUCAAUGCCCAGAACCGGCUGGGGGCCAGUGUGCUCACUGUGGCCUCUCGGGGUGGCCACCUGGGUGUGGUAGAGCUGCUCCUGGAAGCUGGUGCCUUUGUGGACCAUCACAGCCCCUCUGGGGAGCAGCCAGGGCCGGGAGGCGGCAGGGAUGAACUACUGGACAUCACAGCCCUGAUGGCCGCUGUCCAGCAUGGGCACGAGGCUGUGGUGCGGCUGUUGCUGGAGUGGGGUGCUGACCCCAACCAUGUGGCCCAGACCGUGGGCUGGAGCCCACUGAUGCUGGCGGCGCUGGCUGGGAGGCUCAGCGUGGCCCAGCAGCUGGUGGAGAGAGGAGCCAACCCUGACCACCUGAGUGUGCUGGAGAAGACAGCCUUCGAGGUGGCCCUGGACCGCAGGCACAGGGACCUGGCUGACCACCUGAACCCACUGACCACCGUCAGGCCCAGAACAGAUGAGGAGAAAAGGCGACCUGAUAUUUUCCAUGCAUUGAAAAUGGGAAAUUUCCAGCUGGUCAAAGAGAUCACCGAUGAAGACCCCAACCAUGUGAACCUAAUCAAUGGGGACGGCGCAACACCACUGAUGCUAGCAGCUGUCACGGGACAGCUGCCGCUGGUGCAGCUGCUGGUACAGAGGCAUGCCGACAUCGACAAGCAGGACAGCGUGCAUGGCUGGACGGCCCUCAUGCAGGCCACCUACCACGGGAAUAAAGAAAUUGUCAAGUUCCUGCUAAACCAAGGGGCUGAUGUCACUCUUCGUGCAAAAAAUGGCUACACAGCCUUUGACUUAGUGAUGCUGCUGAAUGAUCCUGACACGGAACUCGUUCGACUGCUGGCAUCUGUCUGUAUGCAGGUGAAUAAGGACAAAGGCCGGCCCAGCCACCCGCCGCCUCUGCCCCACUCAAAGGUCAGAGAGCCGUGGAGCAUCCCAGUGCUGCCUGAUGACAAGGGUGGCCUGAAGUCCUGGUGGAACCGGAUGUCCAAUCGGUUCCGCAAGCUCAAACUGAUGCAGACACUGCCCCGAGGGCUGUCCAGCAACCAGCCCUUACCUUUCACCGAUGAACCUGAGCCAGCGCUGGACUCCACAAUGAGAGCCACCACCCAGGACAAGACAGGCUUCCCCGGGCUUCCUAGUGCAGCCCUCGUGACCAAAGACAAAGGUCCUGGGAGCAUGAGAGGAGAAAAGGAAGACGCAUUAUUGACAACCAUGCUUCGAAAUGGAGCCCCUUUUACGAGACUUCCAAGUGACAAGCUGAAGGCAGUCAUCCCCCCUUUCCUGCCCCCUUCUAGCUUCGAGCUGUGGAGCUCUGAUCGGUCCAGGACCUGUCAGAACGGGAAGGCAGAACCCAUGAAGACUGUGCUGCCCCAGAGAGCCAGCAGGGGCCAUCCUGCGGGCAGCGGGGGCGCAGACGCCACCCUCGUCAGGCCAGUUAAAUUUCCCAGUCUCUCCCGGAGUCCAGCCUCUCCUGCCAAUUCUGGAAGCUUCAACCACUCGCCUCAUUCCUCCGGUGGCUCCAGCGCAGUAGGAGGUGUGAGCAGGCAUGGAGCAGAGCUUCAUAACCGCUCAGGUGGCAUCGUAGACAGUGUCUUGUCACAGAUCGCUGCCCAGAGGAAGAAAGCAGCUGGAUUAUCUGAACAGAAGACCAGCCAGCGGUCAAGCCCUGUGGGGCCUGCACUGGUGUCUAACCCAUCCGAGCUCCCGGUCUCUCCUGCAGACAGCAGCAUUCCUGGCAGCAAGCAGAAAUUGGAGACUAGCAAACGGCCUCCAUCCGGAACGUCAACUACCUCCAAAAGCACCUCUCCCACCCUCACACCCUCCCCUUCACCCAAGGGCCACACCGCCGAGUCCUCCGUGUCCUCCUCCUCGUCCCAUCGGCAGUCCAAGAGCAGCGGGGGCUCCAGCAGUGGCACCAUCACAGAUGAGGAUGAACUGACCGGAAUCCUUAAGAAGUUAUCACUUGAGAAAUACCAACCCAUUUUUGAGGAACAAGAGGUGGACAUGGAAGCCUUUCUCACGCUCACCGACGGUGACCUGCAGGAGCUGGGCAUCAAGACGGAUGGGUCCCGACAGCAGAUCCUGGCAGCCAUCUCUGAACUGAACGCUGGCAAGGGACGUGAGAGACAAAUUUUACAGGAAACCAUUCACAAUUUCCACUCGUCCUUUGAGAGCAGCGCCAGCAACACCAGGGCCCCCGGCAAUAGUCCCUGUAUGUGAUCCUCCUUGGGUGGUCACCAGUGUGAGUUUUCUGGGCCCAGCUGCCCCUUCCCAUAGCUGGUGACCAACCCUCUGCUCCCCCCAAAUAUGCCGUGUCUGUUCCCCACUGUGCCUGGAUCCCCCUCCCUCCAGUCCCUGGAACAUCAGUUGGUAAGGUUGUGGUACCAGACACCCACAUGUGGAGACCAGUUCUGUCCUAACAAGUGCUAGUCACAUGCUUCUGAUGGGCACGUGGUUGCACACAGUGACUCAGGGACUUGUCUCUGUUGCUCUUGUGCCCUGCCAUCCCCAAAAGAAAGGUGAAAGGAUGGUGGAGACAGCCAGCACAGCCUCUUCUUAACUGCCUUGCCCUUAGGUCACACUUUUCCUUCCUGCUCAUAUUCCACUGGCUACUGGUAGUCACGUGGCUCUACCUGAUUGCAAAGGAGGCUGGAAAAUGUAGUUUCUACCCAUAUGUUUUCCAGCAGUGCUCUAAACUUGGGGAGCAAUCCGAUGGAAGGAUAUCCCUCCCUGACACAUCUCACCGUAAAAGCUCUAACUUGUCCCUCAUGGCUCAAGCCACCUCCCAGAGGAAGCUUUUCUCAACACCCUUACACAGAAUUUGUCCUCCUAGCCAUGGAAACCCCCUCAUGCUUUAUGUAUUACUGCUUUGGACUUCACUGUACCUGUUGCAUACAGUAUGCAGCAGGCGUUUGGGAUAUGUGUCUACAUUUUUUAUUACAAAGGCAGCAUUCACAUUGGAGAGAAAAGAGGGCUCACUGUGUGGAACCCUUCUUUCUGGACUUCAGUUUCUCUACCUACAAGAUGCAGGGUCAGGCAAAGACAGUACUACAGGGCUCCCUGCUGCUCAGCUGGGUCAUACAGGGCUUUCUGCCAUGCAUAUGGGAGCAGGAGACCAAUGUAUCACUUUGUGAAAGGACUUCAGUGCUCAGAUUUUCUAAGCAAAGAAAGCUAGAGAAUCUGGAAUUUCUUCUAUGCUCCAUUCAUUCCAUGUUCCUCAAAAGUGGAUUGACCUGUGUGUCUUUCUUCUGUGUCAUACUAUAUUAGACAAGCCCCAGAUUUUAAAAUCUAUUAUACACUUGCUGCCAGGAGUACACAGAUGAGCCAGAGCUUCCCCACCCUGGAAGAUCUGGGCAGGCAGAAGACUGUGCAUGUGGCCCCAACCUCAAGGGCAGCAGAGCAAGUGGAAGAGCCCGUGCUCUGGGUUUAGGGUCAGGACUCAGAUCCAGCCCCGUUCCUGCCCAGUGAUAUGGCAGGGAAGUCUCAGCCUCUCUUAACUGGAACUUGGAGCCUGAGUACAGGCAGCACUUCGUCCACAAGAAGCAACCAGAGUAUGGUGGCCUUAGAAUUCUAAUUAUUGCCAUGAGCUGUGCCUCCCACCUCUCAUCUGUCUCUCCUCGCUGUCAAAGCCAAUCCCUCAUAGCCAUCUUGUUUCUGCUCACUCUGCAGUCAAUCCAUCCAUCCAUCAAUCAGUCAGUGGCACAACCCUCCAUGCUGGCUUUCAGAAGCAAUCAUUACCACAUUGCCCAGAGCCUCAUGGAUUCCUCUUUGCCUGCCAGGCUAGUGGCUGUCUUUCUUCCCCUUCCUCUCCAUUUCCCACCUGCAGAAGCCCAUGCUCCAUGUGGCUGAAGACAAAACAUUUCAAUUGGACAGGCAUCUGAAUGAAGGUUCCCCGUCUUCAAGGGGACAUGCUCAUGAAGCACCUAUUGUAUGCCCAAGCUUUACCACAUUUUUCAUUAUCCUUGUGGCCACCCUGGAGGUGGCAUUGUUUCACAUCAUCUUGUACAUGGGGAAAGUAGGGGUAAGCAAGCUGCCCAUCAGUUACGCAGUCCUUCAGGAGCUUGACUAGUGUUAGAACCAGACCUGGCCAUUUCCUUCAUCCCAGAGACUUUUGGAGCUGGACACCCUAGUGUUUCUGGCUGUUUCAAUUUACUGAUGUCCCCAGGGGUUGCCCACGGGCCUGGAGUUUACACAGAAGUACAUGGCCCCCACUGCAAUGUGCUUUGAAGCUUCGUUCCUGAUUUUUGCUGUCAUCCUGUUUUCCCCGUAGUUGGCAGAGAGAGAGAGAGAAGUUUGACUAAACACCUAGGAAACAGGGAGCUGUGCCAGGGUCAGUGCUCCAUGCAUGCACACCUCCACGAUCCCAUCUGAGGACCCUGGACAGAGCAGGGCUGAUUGUGUCCCUUGUGCAGAUAGGAGUGAUUUCAGGGCUUUUUCUCCCAGCAGUUUCUGUGCUGCUUGGUGAAGGGUCCCUGGCAUCCUUUAGGGCCUUAGUCACCACCUUUCUAGGGACCCUUCUCACCCUACCUGUUCCCAGCCUCCCUCCAGGAGGCUCUCCCUCUCCACAAGAAGUGCCUCCCUUGUUCAGUGACCUUCACAGGCAUCUCACAGUGUACUCUUUUAGAGCACUAAUUCCAUGGGAUGUUACAAUUUUUUAAUAAAGAAAAAUGAGGGGUAUGUAUGUGAACAUGGGGUAAGGUUCCAGAGUCAGGUAGAUACUGAAUUAAAGCCAAGUCACAAGACAGGACCUUUGCUGGGAGGCAUCUCAGUCCCUUCAGCCCAGCCCUCUUCACUGGUGUGUGGCAUUUUCCACUUGUGUCUUCUCCAAGGUGCUCUUGCAAGACUGGGGUCCCUUUGACAUUGCUGGAGAAAUGUGGCCUUGUCUGCAUUAGUGGCAGCCAUGGGGCAGGGACCUCAGGAACCACCUCUACUUUCCCCAGAAAUUGUCCUCAAAAGUGGCCCGCUUAGUAGUGGAAUACAGAGGUGAAGGAAUCCUCUGACUAGGAGGGUUCCCAGUCCUAGGCAACUCUGCAGGUUGAAGGACAUUGUUGCCCAGCAUCUAUGCAGUAUCUGCUGGGUGUCCAGGCCCCUUUUUGUGAGAGCAAGGCUCCUGCCUCCUUGCCUCUAUGCCAGAAGGUUGGGUGGAAGCCAGCUGGCUUUGCAGGAAGAAUGCUUCCUUUUUCAUUUUUUUCAUUCAUGGAAUAGGCACUGAGCAUCCACCCUGUGCCAGCCUAGGCUUGUGCUCUGGAUCUACAGAUGGGUUAUCUUGGUGCUCUGGAGACCACAGUCUCCUAGAGGAGACAAGUACAUGACAGUGAGUGCUGUGUAACAUGUCCUAUAGUGACUUUGUGCAAGUGAGGGCAUGGCACAGGGACACGUAUUGGUGUCUCAGGCAGGCUUGGAGUAAGGAGCUGGAGCUAGUCCUGAAGGGUAAGUCUGGACACAGCCACAGAUGGGGAGAAGGGUCACCCCAAGUUGAACAGCAUUGCAAAGGCAGCUUGUAAUUUACAUGCAUUAUAUAUCAUCAGGAAAGGGAAGGGCUAAGUUACUACCUGUUUUCCUGGUUUUUAGUCAUUUUCUUUGAAAUACAUAGAAUAAGUGUUCCCCCUGGAAAGAACACUGGAGGAGGUAGAGUCAGACCUAGCACUGGGUUUUGGCUCAGCUUCUUCUCACUGCAUAACAUGGAGCAUGUUUCCUUGUCUCCUCCAGGUUCAGUUUACCUUUUGGUUACCAGAAGGUAGCUCUCCCCAAGACACUGUGGAUUAGAUGAGGGCGGGAGAUCCCAUUUCACAAUAGAGCUGUGCAUAUGUCAGGACUUUGAAAGAUGGUUGCACAUUUUAAAUCAGUCCCUUCCUCUCUCUCUCCCUCUGUCCUUCUAUCUCACCUGCCCUGUAGCCAUGGCUGGUUGGGUGAGGCCGGAAGAAGAGGCCCCCGGCAAGAGGUAGCAGCAGCUUAGAUGACACUACCAGAAUCUGGGCCUCAAGGAAGCCAGGGUUGGCCCAUGGGUUCCUGUCCUCAGCUGUUUCUGACUUUGAGUGUUUGUGUCACUGGGAUUCACACCAAGGUGGACAAAAAGAAAAAAGGCUGUCUGAUCAAAUCAUGGAGGCUGACCAAGCAGGCAGAGUGGAACCCUCUCAUUUGCUUCUGCCUUGGAGUUGCCCGAAGACACUUUAUAAGCCGGACCCAAGGCUACAUGGCUGCAGAUACCUCCCUGAGCUGUGUCUAUGUGCCAUGUGCCACGUGCCAUGCCUGGGAUCCUUCCUGCAGCCCAGAGGAAGGUGACAAAGUGGUGAAAUGAAGCACCUCUGUGGCUGUCCUUGUCCAUUUCAAGCAAGCUCAUCAGGGGAUCCUGUUCAUUGUGGAAAGAGUUUACCCUAAUAAAGUUGAUGCCAAAUUCUGCAGGACUGGCUGGGGAGGAUGACUGUCCUCAUGGCAGGGGCGGGAGUCUUUCCCUUAGGAGCUUCACGUGCAUUCCUCACGUGUAUUCUUUAGGGCUUGCUAGGUUCUCUGCUGGUUUAGGGGGCUCUGCUCCUCCUAAGAGUAGACUUGAACUCUACCUUACCUUAGUGUCAGUUCUUCAACUGAGAAAUCAAGGCCAGAUGGACAGCAGUUCACUAAAUCUUGGGGGUGAAACAGGAAGAACCAUGAUGGUGAGAGAUCAAAGCCCUGUCACUUGUCUCUAGCAUUCCCACCCCUCUGGGGCCUCUUAUGGCCAAAACCACAAUUUGCUGCCACUCAGAAUCCCCCAUUCCUCUGCCAGUGGAGAGCCAACUCUUAUUAUAGGAUCCCUCCUAGGUUCCUAUUUCCUGUAGGAACCUUUUGCCUGUGACUGAGAGACACAGGUACAGCCAUCUUUGUCAGGAAAACCUGGUGGUCGGGGUAGGCAUUAGCCUUGCCGCAAGCCCUCAGUGGGGCCACUGGUCCAAGGUGAGACAUCAUUUUUCAGACCUACGGAGCAGUUUCCAUCUUCCUCAUGUCAGAUGCUUUUUAUUAUCACAAUGUUGUUUUUCCCAUACAAGGACUGGAUUCUUUUUAUUUUUGUUUGCCAAUCUGCAUAUAUUAAAUAAUAGUGAAUUUUU